AUGGAUAGAUUGCUAGUGCAGUUAGGUUCUCAAGAGUUUGGAGAAGAAAAACAACAAACUCAGCUUCCAAAAUUGAAAUUGAAUAAAUUUAACUAUCGCAGAAAGAAAAAUAGAUACAUGGGUGUUAGGAAACGUCCAUGGGAUCGAUAUGCUGCAGAAAUUAGAGACCCUAAAUCUAAGAGACGCCGAUGGCUUGACACAUUUGAUACAGCUAAAGAAGCAACUAAUUCUUAUGACAUAACAACUACAUCAAUGAAAUCGAGUUCCAAACUAGACAAAUUGUUGACUCAAGCUACAAACAUAAUGCAAGAUCCAUUCUCUAAUUAUGACAGGACAAAUUCAGGAGAUGUAUUAGAGGACAGUGACCAUGUGGACAAAGGUACGGGCACAUAUUAA